AUGGACGAACAGAAGGAAAGCUCGCACGACAAAGCCGAGGUCGACAACUCCCUGGAGUUGGCAACCAGCGAAAGCACGAACGAGACAAUCGAGGUGGUCCAUAUUAACCCGCAAGCCGUCGCCCGUGAUAUCGGGCCCUUCCAGAUCAUCGCCCUCGGCUUCAACAUCCCCAACAGUUGGGCGGGCGUGGCCACCGCGUUCUCAGCCGCGCUCACUGCUGGAGGCCCCGUGUCGCUGAUAUACGGCAACUUUGUCAGUCUCGCAAUGUACGGAUCUGCGGCCGUCACGCUGGCCGAGCUGGCGAGCGUCUACCCAACAGCGGGUGGACAGUACCAUUUCGCAAGCAUCAUGGCACCUAAGAGGUUCAACCGGUCCAUUUCCUACGUGUGCGGCAUGUUGGCGACGGUCUCGUGGGUGAUUUGCUCUGCAAGCGUGGCGAGCAUCACGAGCUUGUGUAUUGCCUCGAUUGCGGAUUUUUAUGGCGGGUAUAAGGCGAGCAACUGGCAAUUGUUUCUCAUUUCGCAGGGGUUGAAUGUUUUUGCUCUGGGAUAUAAUUUGUUCUUGAUGAAGAAGACGAGGUGGAUUCAUAAUGCGGCUUUCAUCUUGACGCUCUCAGCGUUUCUCGUCAUAUGCAUUGUUUGCCUUGUUCGAGGCGACAAGCAGUCUUCGACUUGGGUUUGGACCAACUUUGAGUCGUCUUCAGGGUGGCCGCCUGCGGUAUCCUUCUUCAUCGGUCUCUCCACCCAUGCGUACAUGUUCGGGGGUCUCGACUCUGCGCUCCAUCUUGCAGAAGAGACCCUGGACGCCUCCAAGACGGUGCCCAAGGCCCUCAUGUCGACGAUUGGCAUUGGCUUCUUCUCUGGCUUUGUCUUUUCUGUGGCCAUGACUUACUGCAUUCCCAGCUUGGACAUCUUUGCCAACGACCCCGUGCCUAUUUACAAGCUUUGGAGAAUAGCUAGCAAAUCCGACACUGCUGCCACAGUAUUUCUCGUCAUCGGCAUCGUCAUCUUCACAUUCAUCCUCGUUGCCACUCAACAAACCACCUCUCGUCUGCUCUGGGCCCUGGCACGAGAUCAGGGCUUAGUCUUCUCCACUCACUUUGCCAAAUUAUCCCCCAAGCUGGGCGACAUCCCCGUUGCGGCACUCCUUCUGGAUGCAGGUCUGAUAGCCCUGUGCGGGUGCAUAAGCCUGGGCUCGACGGCGGCGUUCAAUGCGCUGGUUGGCGUCUUUUCCAUGAUGCAGAUGACAUCGUUUGCGAUUCCGGCUGCGUUGCUGUUGUAUCGCAGAAGGGAUAAGAAAGUGCUUCCCCGAAAGAGAGCGUUCAGGGUGCCCGAGAUGGUGGGCUGGGCUUGCAACAUUGGGACGGUUGUCGCCGCUGUCAUUGAGACUCUGUUCUUCACGUUUCCGACGGUUCUACCAGUGACGGGGAGUAAUAUGAACUAUGCUGUAGUUGUUCUGGCAGUAGUUGCGAUUGUCAUGAUCCUGAACUGGGUCUUCUCUGCAAGGAAACGCUAUCAAGGUCCUAGAAUUGGGGUUGCUUUGUAG